UUUAAGUCGGCGUCCUCACCCCUGCGAAUAAACUGAAGGAAACCCCGGCUGUUCGUUCUUUCCCAAGAUGGCCCCGAAGGCGAAGAAGGAAGCUGUCCCAGCCAAGACUGAGGCAAAGUCCAAGGCGCUGAAGGCCAAGAAGGCAGUGCUUAAGGGCAUCCACAGCCAGAAGAAGAAGAAGAUCCGCACAUCACCCACUUUUCGGCGACCCAAGACCUUGCGUCUGAGGCGACAGCCCAAGUACCCCAGGAAGAGCGCUCCUCGCCGGAACAAGUUGGACCACUAUGCCAUCAUCAAGUUCCCCCUGACUACAGAGUCAGCCAUGAAGAAGAUUGAAGACAACAACACUCUGGUGUUUAUUGUGGAUGUCAAAGCCAACAAGCAUCAGAUCAAGCAUGCUGUCAAGAAGCUGUACGACAUUGAUGUGGCUAAGGUCAACACACUGAUCAGGCCUGAUGGUGAGAAGAAGGCAUACGUACGUCUGGCCCCAGAUUACGAUGCACUGGAUGUUGCCAACAAGAUUGGCAUCAUCUAAUCUGUUCAUCACAAAAUGUACAGCAAAAUAAACGUUUAUAAAAAUGUCAUGUA